UUCAAAGCAGAGAAGGCCCAUGUACAAGAUUCUUUUGAGACACUGAUAUUUAGAAAAUAAACAGCUUAAAAGGAGAGAAGUAGUUUGUCUUCUAUUUCAAAAAACAAACACCCUCAACACUGGCUAAGACCUCAUCAAGAGGAUGCCUGAAAUUCCUCUUUACAGAACAAACUCUGAAUUAUACCAGACUUUUUUUGCGCAACUAUAAGGCAGCUCUGAACAUCAAAUGCUACCAGUGGCCUCAGUGAUAAACCUAUAUCAGAAUAUGCACAUAUCUGACACAGUCACCCCAAAUCUGAACUCUAUGAACUGUGUGGAGACAGAAUUUAAAGCAGAGCUGCAGUAUUUAGUUGCAUUAAACUGUGUACAUGUAGAGAAUAGAAUGGCUACUGAGCGUAAAAGUCAGUCUCAGAUCAGACAGGGCACAUUGGUAUCACAGUUCUUCUGAUCACAUUCAGGAUAUGACAAGUACAUGGACAAUGAGAAAUGUGGAUUUUCAUGUCCCUGUUGAUCAUCACUGUACUUGCUAUGGUGUAUUCAAUGUUUCUAUGUGCAACACAAAACAGUACGUGUGUGUGUGUGUGUGUGUGUGUGUGUGUGUGUGUGUGUGUGUGUGUGAUCCUAACCAGGAACACCAACCACUGAUCACUUCACAGUAAAUGUACUCUACAUCAGAGCAGAGUUUUGAAGCGCUCAGAGUUGAGCAGUUGGGUUUUACACAAUAAAUUGCUACACAUGGCAACAGAGGCAGCUCACCAGGCAGAGAAAGAUGAUGGGGUAAAGUGGGAUCCUGACAAGCUUGUACAAUGUCCUUAUGACAAAAACCAUCAAAUCCGAGCCUGCCGCUUUCCCUACCACCUUCUAAAGUGCAGAAAGAAUCACCCAAAACUGGCCAAAGAGCUAAAGACCUGUCCUUAUAAUGCUCGCCAUCUGGUCCACAAGCAUGAGCUGGCGCACCACACUGAGACCUGUGAGAACCGAGUGUGUGUUUACACUGAGGAGGCUGGAAGCACAAAUGGAAAUUGGCACGUUCCAGUCAGUACCUGGGUAAACCCGAUUGCGACUGAGGAUUGGGACAAAGAGGCCGACGAGUUUGCAGCUCCAUUUGUGUGGGGUGUCAACACGCUCUUGGAUCGAAUUCAAGAGACGAGGCCCACUAACAACCUUGGUCCAAGUUUCAGAGCCCCCAACACCCUCCCAUGGCCGAAUUAAAAUACCUAAUUUGUGUUUCCUUGUGUUUCCUGCAGAUCCAGACUGAAGCUCAAUGUAGGCCUGUUGUAUGAUUGCAUGUAUGGAUACUUAUUUUUGUAUUAAUAAGCUUUUUAAUUUCCAAUGCUGUUCUAAGUUGUUGGGAGCUAAUUUUAAGUCACUGGUUGCGGAAGGUUUUGUUGCGCAAAAUAUGCACACUCAAGCGGCCUCAUUGUUUUCUGUGUUCUGUUGUCUUGCAUUCUUCGUUACCAAAACAGAGUGCUUGUUGCAGUAAACAUGUUCAUCUCAAGUUGUUUUGCGUAGCUAAAAAUGAAUAAUAAACGUUUCCACACGC